AUGGCCACUGAAUCAGGAGAAGCUCUUCAGAGCAGUAUCCCGCCCAUCCUCCCCAAGGACUUCUCCGCACAGCAGCCGGAGACAAUCCGCCUGUAUCCUUUGUCAAACUACACAUUCGGCACCAAGGAGACACAGCCUGAGGAGGACCCCUCUGUUUUGGCCCGACUGAAGCGUCUUGAGGAGCACUAUGGUCUUCAUGGUAUGCGACGCACCUGUGAGGGAAUCUUGGUUUGCCAUGAGCACAACCACCCCCAUGUGCUGAUGCUACAGAUUGCCAACGCUUUCUUCAAGCUGCCAGGUGAUUACCUGCAGCACGACGACGAUGAAAUCGAGGGUUUCAAGAAGCGAUUGAAUGAGCGCCUUGCGCCUGUCGGCUCGCAGUUUUCUGGUGAAGGUGUCAACUCCGACUGGGAAAUUAGCGAUACUCUUGCGCAGUGGUGGCGCCCGAACUUUGAGACCUUCAUGUACCCGUUCCUCCCGGCACACGUUACGCGCCCGAAGGAGUGCAAGAAGCUGUACUUCAUUCGUCUUCCGAAGAAGAAGGUCCUUUCGGUCCCCAAGAACAUGAAGCUUCUCGCUGUGCCUCUCUUCGAAUUGUAUGACAACACCGCUCGCUAUGGACCCCAGCUUUCAGCGAUCCCACAUUUGCUCUCACGAUACAACUUUGAAAUGGUUGACGAGAAUGACAACGUCGUCUCGGUGACUCCUGGCACUCCCAUGGCCAACGGUGUGCCUCUCCGCACCCGGGUUCUUGCCGGUGGUGAGCCUAAUGACACUAGUAUGGAUGGUGUUGAGGAGGGUAUGAAGAUCGAAUCUCACCACUAG